AUGCUAUCAAACCUAUUUCCAUUUUAUAAAGAUAAGAAAGAGAAUUCUUAUAUGUUGUUUGGAAAAUAGAAUAAUAAAGAACAUGCAGAUAUGUUUACAACAUUUAGAACUUAAUUAAAACCUUAAUUUAGAAGCAUCAUCAACCAUUUUCUUAAUAAGUUGCAAUUAAAACAAAAUGCUUAAUAAAUUAUUAAACAUAACUUAAGCAGCUUUUAUAUAUGGAAAAACCCAAAAUAGGAAGUUGAAGUAUUUUAUAUAGAUGAAUCAUUAACUUCAGAAAUUAAAUAUAAAAAUUAAAUUUCAGAUUAGACUUAUAAAGAAUUUUAUGAAAUCUUAUUGAAUUUGAGUAAUUUGAAUAUUUUAGAUGUUUAAUAAGAGAUAACAGCUGACAAUUUUUUUAAAGAAGUUGAUUAAUUAUAUCAUAAUAUAGCUAUUGUUAUAUAGAAAGAAUAAAAAAAAGGAAAUAAAGAUUAAUAAUUUACAGCCUUAAGAAUUCUAACAAGAAACACUUUGAUAUUAAGGCCAAGUGGAGAUUUGUAAUUAAUAUAUUAUAAAUAGAAUUAAAUUACCUAAAAUAUCCAAUGAUAUUUAUAAUUUUAAUCAUACUAAAAUUUACAUUUCUACCAGAAUUCCAUUUUGUAAUCCAAUUUAAUGUGAAUCAGAUUAAACAGUAUUUAGAUACACAGGAUCAAUUAAUUAAUAAACAUUUUUACCUGAUGGAUAAGCAAUAUUAGAGUGUGAAGGAGUUUUUUAAUUUAAAUGUAAAUUUAUAGAUGGAAUGGCAACAGGAAAAGGAUCUUUAGAUUUAAAAAUCUAAAAACAAAAAUUUGAAGGUAAUUUUUAGAAUGGACUUAAACAUGGUGAAUCAGUAACUACUAAUCCUAAUUAAACUAUUACUAUAGGAUAUUAUUAGAAUAAUAUGAAAUAAGGAGUAUUCAUAACUAAAAAAUAAAAUGGAUCAUAAAUAUAAGAACUCUAUUAUAAAAAUGAUUAAAUAGUGAAAAAGUAUGAAUACAAAUUUGAUGAAAAUAUGAUUUCUUCUAGGUAUUUAGUUAAUCAUAAAGAUAUUUCAAUAAAUAAUCACUUUUUUUCUGGAUUGACUGAAGAGAAAUGGGUAAAUUAAUUAUUAGUUGACUAUUAUCUAAGUAUCCUAUCUGAUUAUUAUAAAAAUGUCUCAAAAGCAUAGAUAUAUCUAUUUAAUACAGCAUAAUCAUAAGAUUUAUUUACAAGUUAAAUCAGUUUACAAGAUCAUAAAAGUCUAAAAAUACAAUAAAAGUAUGAAUAAAUAAUUAAUGAAUACUAAAAAUAUAACAAAAUAGUAUUUAUUUUGAAUGCUGAUUAAGUACAUUUUUUAGUUGUUGUAUACUAAAAUAAAUCAUUGUUUAUGCUAAAUUCUUAUGCAACCUAAAAUGAUUAAAAAAUAUUAUCUGCUGUAGCCUCAAUAUUCCCUAUUUAACUCAAUUUAUAAUAAAUUUAAGUUGAAUAGUAAUAGAAUACUUAUGAUUGCUCAUUGUAUUCAAUUUAUAAUGUAAUGCUGUAAUAUAAGUAUUAUAAUGUGGAUGUUGAUAAGAUUGAUUAUAGAGUCUCAUUCAAGUACAUUAAAAAAUUAAGAUUACAUCUAAAAAAUAUCAUAAGCAAUGAUUAUGCUCACAUAAUCCUUCAUUAAGAUUGA